UGUCAAAAGACUCGCAGGCAGUCUCAGUCGUCCCUCUUUCCCUAUCACUUCACUUGGAUCUUUGCUUUGCUUUCGCUUUUGUCUUUCCCUGUCUUUGAUCUGCACUGCAAUUCUCCCUUUUUCUUCCAUUUCCCAUUUUCCAUUUACAAUUGGGAAUGGGAAUGGGAAUGGGAAUGGCAUCGGGAUCGCAUCCUUGAUUGAUUGUUUCAUCCUUUUCUUUGAGACUUCAUCUUUUCCUUAUAUUUAUCCAAUUUUAAAGAGACAAUAUAUUGGUCACUUGAGAGUGAGAGUGGGAGUGAAACAAACAGAAGCGGUGGUGGUGGGCGGUCGGUGGUUCCUGGUGGCAGUCAGCGGCGUCUGCUGCUCCUGAUUAGCUGGCACAAGGAGUGCUGGAGUCGCGCAAGAGUAAUGAGCUUGUAGUUGAAAGAGCACAACACACACUGCUUUAAUGGGGUCCGAGCAGCACAGAUUCCCUCAGCAGGAGCUGAGAAAGAGAUGGGGAGGAUGUUGGGGUGCAUUUUCUUGCUUUGCCUCACAGAAAGGAGGAAAGCGCAUAGUGCCUGCAACUCGCAUUCCUGAAGGCAAUGCAUCAGCAAAUCAGCCAAAUGGACCCCAAACAGUUGGCCUGACCAACCAAACAACGUCGCUGGCUCCUUCUCUUCUUGCUCCGCCUUCUUCUCCAGCAUCAUUUACAAAUUCGGCCCUUCCUUCAACAGCGCAGUCUCCUAGUUGUUUCUUGUCUGCCAACUCACCUGGAGGUCCUUCAUCCACCAUGUAUGCCACUGGGCCAUAUGCCAACGAAACACAACUUGUCUCUCCUCCUGUUUUCUCAACCUUCACAACUGAGCCGUCCACUGCUCCUCUCACUCCCCCACCAGAGUUGGCUCACCUAACUACUCCAUCUUCUCCAGAUGUGCCAUUUGCUCGUUUCCUCUCAUCUUCUGCAGACAUUAAAAGUGCUGAGAAGGCCAAUUACAUUGCUGCAAAUGAUCUUCAUUCAACAUAUUCACUCUAUCCUGGAAGUCCUGCUAGUAGUCUCAGAUCACCAAUUUCAAGGGCAUCAAACGAUUGUUCAUCAUCAUCUUUUCCUGAGCGUGAUUUCCCCCCACAUUGGGAUCCGUCAGCUUCUCCCCAAAAUGGUACAUAUCCAAGGGGUGGUUCUGCCAGGAUGUUUGGGCAUGACACAGCUGGAGCUUCUGUGGCAUCUCAAGACUCAAAUUUCUUUUGUCCUGCUACAUUUGCACAAUUCUAUCUGGAUAAUCCGCCAUUUCCUCAUGCUGUUGGAAGGUUAAGCGUGUCCAAGGAUUCAGAUGUUUACUCUACUGGUGGGAAUGGAAGUCAGAACAGACACAAUAGAAGUCCCAAGCAAGAUGUGGAAGAAAUAGAAGCGUAUAGAGCAUCCUUUGGGUUCAGUGCUGAUGAAAUUAUCACUACAACACAAUAUGUGGAGAUUUCUGAUGUGAUGGAGGACUCGUUUACCAUGACACCUUUUCCCUCUCAUAAAUUACCUACAGAAGAAAGUAUGGAACCGACAUCUGUCAUUGAAGGACUAAAGGCACAUAAGACAAAAACAAACUUGCAGAGUCAGGAGAGUCAUAAAUCUGAAUCAGAUCUUGAUGAGGGUGGACGUUGUGACUCGCUCAUGUCGUGUACUGGAUCCGAAGAUCACAAAUCAUGGAGGCAGUCUGGUGAUGUCUCUCGAUCAAGUACGCCUGGAAUCCGCAUCAUGGCCAAUGAAGAGGAAAUUUUUUCAAAGAUGGGGUCUUCUAAAUUGAGCAGAAAGUAUCAGAUGGGUCAAUCUAGCUCAGAUGCAGAAAUUGAUUAUAGAAGGGGAAGAAGCUUACGAGAGAGGAAAGGAGAAUUUGCGUGGAAUGACUAAGAGUAAGCAAUAAAGCGCAUUAUUAGUUGUUUCACGUGUGUUAAUUUGAUGUUGUGUUUUUGCUUACGUUUCUGUUUGGUGUUGUGUGAUAGGUGGAAUGAUCUAACCGAUUAUGUAACCUGUUAUUUCAAUGGUGUGUAAUCCGGUCUCUGUGAUUGAUGAAUGCUGUUGCUGUAUGUGAAUGAAACAAAUGGUAUAUGUGUUUGGUGAAA